AAUCAUUAACAGGUUGGCUGAGCCUCAGGCCAACAAUGUUAGAAUUUUUCCUAUAUAAAACACGCUUUACAUCAAAACAAACAAAUUAAUACUAAAACAGAAUGUUUUGGUUGCUUCGUCUGCAUAUCUCUGAAGUUCCCUUUAUGUAAGCUCAAAAGGGGACACUAGUUCCAAUUAAAUAAAUCACCACAAAUUGUAAACAAACCAAAAUGUGGCGUGCAGAAAUGAAAUUUGACAACCCCCUUACAAACUACGCAAACCAUUUUCAAAGUCACGAAAUAUGUUCAAACUACUUAAAAAUAAAAAUAUUUAUACACAAUUUUAUAAAACAUUAACAAAAUAUAAAAAGAAUGGGGUAAAAUGCAAAUAAAAUAUCACAUAAAACCCACAAAUUUGCUAUUAAAGCUCAUUAGAAACGGAAGUGCAUGUACGAUUUCCGGUUCGAAAAUACAAACAAAUUAAAUGUUUAAUGUUGCGAACCGCGAUCUGAUUGGUUAAAAUGACUACAGAGACGCUUAUUGCGGCACGCUGAUUGGUCCGUCGACUGGAGAAUACAAUUUCGUGCAGGUGCUGGCGUGUUUAUCAACAAUACAAAAUUUUAUCGGCUUUGUUUUAUCGAUAUUUUGCUAGCUUUUCAUGCGCACAAAGGAAAAUAAAAUCCACGUUUUUCUUUCAUGGACUUGAAACAUAAAUGCCUUCGAAUGAAAUGAGCUUUAAGCGUAUGGCUACAAGAAGUUCACCAAGGCGCUGUGUUUUGGAGAGGACAGCUGUCUCAAGAAAAGGUCAAAAUAAUUCUAAAUUUUUAAAUUGGUGUACAUUUCUCGUAUAUAGUAAAUUCACUUUCGAAUACAACUGAUUUAUUCAGAGGCAAACAAUAACAAAGGCGACCUUUUAAAUUUUUAGGAAGCAUCAGUUUGGUAAAAACUGCAAGAUCUUGCAAGGAUAAUCAGCUCGAUCGAUCAGAGAUCAUUAAAACUAGCGUUCGGCAUGCAAACGUAAGUUUGAAAUAAUUUUAUGAAAUUUAAAAUAUUUAUGAGUUGAAUAUAGUUCAUAUUUGGUUCCAUUGCUGUGUCUUUGAUAUGGUUUGUUCCUUUUUUGCAGUGUGUAUCGUCAAGGGCAAAACGAUCAUGCACCCUUGGCAGAUCAAGGAUUAGUGAACAAAGCAGAAAAGGUACAGUUAUAAUAUACUAAUUUAAGAAAUUGAUAUUCUUGAUUGAAAUCCAGUGAAUAUAAGACAAAUAUAUGAUAUUAUAUUCGCCAGAUAACUAUUGAUAGAAUUAUUGAUAUAGUGAUCAAUUGGAAUCUGGUCCUUUACGGAAUAGAAAUGGUUAGGGAGUGUCGACAAAUAGUUCAGAUUUUGAGCACCACUGUGCAGAUGUUACCAUUGACCAAUCAAAUGUAUUUAUUCUACCCACUGAUGAUUCUACCCAGUAACCAAUCUUGGGCCCGCAGUAAUUGGCAAUAAGCUGUUGCGGUGACCCGGCCACACUAUUUUGUUGUAAUUUUAAAUUGUUGUUGUAAUUUUAUGCAGGCAAAGUUAAUAAAUAAAUUUAAAAAAAUGCAUAUUAGGCCUGUGAGUGUAGUGGUAUACUGACUUGUUCUGCAAAGGGAGAAGCCUCGUUGCUAAGAAUCCACAAUUACAAUAACUAGACAUUUUCCACAGUUAGGUGGGGGGAGAGGGUAAAAAUUGAUCUUGGAACAAGUCAGCAAUUUGGGAUGAAAUGUCUUUAUGGACAUGAUUUCUUAGACUAGUAACAUUGUUGCUUUGGUGUUGCAUCUUUCUUGUUGGUUGGAAUGUAUGCCUAGAGAAAUAUCAUUACACCCCCCUUCCACCUGCCAAUUUGGUGAUUGUUGGUAAAUUCAGAUUUCUUGACUAUUAUACCAGUAAUACUGAUAUGUUGUGCUGUAUGUAAUGUUUACAACAUGAGCGGCCAUGUUGUAUCAGAUAUACAAACGACUUAAAAAACGACUCAUCUUAUGAGUUCAUUGGCGAAGUAAUUUUAAAAAUAAACGUUGUCUAAGCCGAGAAAAUAUAAGUUAAAGUUUAUGUAAAUCAACAUGAAUCUGUAUCACAUAUACAGAUACGACACGCUUAUGAUUUUUCUUUGUGUUUUCUUCAUGAAUUAUUAAUGAGUUUUUUAAGGAUCUGUAUUAGUGCAUGUCUGUAUGUUGCCAUUUCAACCCAAUCCUGCCUGUUGGCAUUAACCCUAACAGAGCCUCGUUUAAUUCAUUUAAGCUCAUAAGCAACUCCAAACUUAAGUGUCAAACCGUCACAGGCACUACAUCUUUAAUUAUCACUUUUUCCAAUAGGUCAUACCUCAACUCCAUAUUUCCAAUGUCAGUUACCUGAUGAAGUGUUGCUCAAUCUGUUCAGUUUUUUGCCAGCAAAGGAUAUCUGUACAUUAGCAUGUGUGUGUCAGAGAUUUGUAAAGAUUUGCAAGGAUUCAACAUUGUGGUAAGAGUCAAUUCAUGAAUACUAUUUUUUCUAAAAACAAGCUACAGUACAUAGUAAAUACAUUAUAUACAUUAUUAACCCCCCUCCCCCUAAUAAACACACCCCUCCCUCUCUAAUAAUUUCCCUUUUUUGAAGAAGAAAUUUCUGCUUUAGGCACCCCAUCCCCUUAGGCAUCCCUCUCUCUCAGGUCCCCCAUCCCCUUGACUUACCCUCUCUCCCCUAGGCCUGCCCCAUCCCCCUUCACAACAAAGAAACACUUGUUUACUGAUUAUAUGUACCACUAAUGGCCUGGAUUUAGUUUAACCCAUCGAGUGGCACCACUUCCCCCUUGACAAGUAAAAUUGUCUGGCAUUAGACAGAGUAAAAUAAUAAAAUAGAAUGCAUCAGGGUGGAUUGCCACUUAAAGGGUUAAAGCAUUUGUGAAUUUCAAAAGCUGGCUCCCCCCCCCCCCCAAAAAAAAAUUGAAAUAAAAAGCCUUGAAAUAAAAAGCCUCCUGUGGGUUUUAUUGUUUCUUUGCAACAUUAGCUGUAUUAGUUCUAAACUGUUCUCCCUACAGGUCCUGUGUCACUUAACAAGUAGAAAACUAUCAGAUUACUCUACAUAGUAGAAAACAGCAUUUGUGGACCAAACACAAUAACCAUUAUAUUAGUCUCGACCCUUCAGUAAAUUAUUCUGGGAUUGGUUCCACCCCAGGUUUUAUCUUUAUCCAGAGUGUCAAAACUCACUAUUUCAUAAUGUUUUCUACAGGGAACAACUUUACAAAAGCACCUUUGGAUUAGAUUAUUUACUAAAGAGGAAUAAUCGAGGAUUAUAUGAAAGAAUCCCUCAUGGUGCCUUGACAAAGGAUUCUUGGCACGAGGCUUUCAUUUCCUUCUACCACUCACACCACGUGGUUUGCAAAGAAUCACAGAAAAAGUGUGAACAUGUUCAGGUAUCUGAUGUUCAGUCAUAUCUGUUUUACCCUUCUAGAGAAACUGGGGGUAAAGAGAGAAUUUUUAGCAGAAUUGAGUUCAAAAUAUUUAGUCAAGUGUAGAAUUGUAUUUCGUUUCUCUUUUUUGAAGAAAUUCUACUGAUGUUUUUCUCAAUCUAGUAUCACAGCAGUCUUGAAGAAGCCAUUAAGUGCGUUCCUGAGAAUGGCAUAAUCAUUGUCCACCCUGGUAUCUACAGAGAGGAGUUAGUUAUUAAGAAAACAGUCACUAUCAUUGGUGCAGGUGAGAGGGUACUUUACCCUACGGUUAACCAAGAACAGCAUUCUGCUCCUGAAAUAGGAAUACAUUCACUUAUAAAGAAAAAUAAUUUCAUGGGAUGAGUUUCCCUAAAAUGUGAUGAACAAUUUUUUUCUUCCAAAUAGUUUACAAUUCGGUGAAUUGGCUAUUGUUUGGAAGUUGGAACUAAUACGUUUCCAAAUGCCAGAACUCAGUUUUCAAAUGCCAGAACUCCUUUUUCAAAUGCCAGAACUCCUUUUUCAAACGCCAGAACUCCUUUUUCAAAUGUCACAACUCCAUUUUCAAAUGCUAAAACUCUGUUUUCAAAUGCCAGAACUCCCUUUUCAAAUGCUAAAACUUUGUUUCCAAAUGCCAGAACUCCCUUUUCAAAUGCCAGAACUCAGUUUUCAAAUGCCAAAACUCAAUUUUCAAAUGCCAGAACCCCGUUUUCAAAUGCCAGAACUUCGUUUUCAAAUGCCAAAACUCAGUUUUCAAAUGCCAGAACUCCCUUUUCAAAUGCCAAAACUCCGUUUUCAAAUGCCAGAACUCCUUUUUCAAAAGCCAGAACUCCCUUUUCAAAUGCCAGAACUCAGUUUUCAAAUGCCAGAACUCCUUUUUCAAAUGCCAGAACUCCUUUUUCAAAUGCCAGAAUUCCCUUUUCAAAUGCCAAAACUCAGUUUUCAAAAGCCUGAACUCCCUUUUUAAAUGCCCAAACUCCCUUUUCAAAUGCCAAAACUUAAUAGUUUUCAAAUGCCAGAACUCCUUUUUCAAAUGCCAGAACUCCUUUUUCAAAUGCCAGAACUCCCUUUUCAAAUGCCAGAACUCAGUUUUCAAAUGCCAGAACUCUUUUUUCAAAUGCCAGAAUUCCCUUUUCAAAUGCCAAAACUCAGUUUUCAAAAGCCAAAACUCAGUUUUCAAAAGCCUGAACUCCCUUUCAAAUGCCAAAACUCCCUUUUCAAAUGCCAAAACUUAAUAGUUUUCAAAUACCAGAACUCCUUUUUCAAAUGCCAGAACUCCUUUUUCAAAUGCCAGAACUCCCUUUUAAAAUGCCAGAACUCACUUUAAAAUGCUAAAACUCUGUUUUCAAAUGUCAGAACUCCCUUUUCAAAUACCAAAACUCCGUUUUCAAAUACCAAAACUCAUUUUUCAAAUGCCAGAACUCCUUUUUCAAAUGCCAGAACUCCCUUUUCAAAUGCCAGAACUCCCUUUUCAAAAGCCAGAACUCCCUCCUCAGGUGCUUAAACUCAAUUUUCAAAUGUAGUCUGUUUUCACAAUAUAGUUUCAAUACUAUAGUUUCACAAUAUAGUCUCAUGUAUUAUAAAGUUUUCACAAUAUAGUCUCAAUACUAGAAACGUAGUAAUUUUUUAACGGAAUGUUAGCCGUAGCGUUAUAGUGUAAGCGUGGCCUUAUACGACACGGCAGCUUAUAGAAUGCACCAUCUUGUGGCGCGCAUUUCUGUCUUAAAGUAAGAUUAUAUACCGAAUACUUUGUUCUUUUCUUAUCAGGUUCUGAGGACAAACCCGAGGUUACAAUAGAAGGAUCGAACGCUACCGUUGUAAAAUUUGUUUCUGGAUCAAGCACUUCUUACAUUCGAAAUAUCAGUAUAAAAGUAAGGAUUGAUUGUCUCUAAUUUUCGAUUAUAGACCCAUUGCACUGACGUCACAAAUCCUUAGAGUGUCCUCCAGAUGCUCCCUAACAAUUUCUGUUCGGGUACAACAAUCACAUACAGCGCAAAAAUUAACCAUUUUAAUACAAAAUUUGCUUUGUUUACAAAAGUUAUAUUAUGCAUAGAUUGCUAAUUUGUCCUCCAGAUGCAUCGUCACCGGCGCUGUGACGUCAUGUGCAAUGGAUCUAUUGAAUCAUGUGAUCCAAAUUGUCUUAGUUGGUAGUUGAUAAUCGUAAAUGGAUCUUUCAUCUCUCUCUCUCAGACAUGACUCUAGCCAUCUUUUGAAUGUUUCCUGUGCACUCUGAAUGCAUCAGCUACAAUACUUGAUACAUGUUGCUAAAUUUAUAAAUGAUUAUAAAUUUCUGAAUUGAAUUGUCUAUUUUCUAGUACGUUGGUGGCGAUGGAGCAUCGUCUCGGCCCAGUUGUCUAGAUAUUGGUUCAGACUGUAGCGCUACCAUACACCGCUGUAAUGUGGCUAGUAAAGCAAAUGGUAAGUUUAGAUCAGGAUUUCCGGGCAUAAGCGUAACUUGGGUAUUACUGCUAGGGGAUGUGAGCUGUUUCGCCCGACCAAAAGGGCGUGGCGAAAGUUGUGGCCGACAGACAUUUCAGUCGCUAAUUAAUAUUUCUUUUCCCAAAAUGGUUGGGGAAGGGAGGAAGGAAAGAGGAAAAUACAUUUUUGGACAUAUUAUCUUUCACUAUUACGUGCUGAAAUGUGUACAAUUUUUCAGUAAUAUUUUCGUAAAUUUAUCAAAAGUUUUCCUACAAGUAUCACUUUUCAAAUUUUUUUGCAGAAUUACAUAUUUUUUGCCCGACGACCGUGUCGUUAGAAUUGCUAAAAUUGCCCGACAAAACUGCAAAAUUGCAACAUUGGGGGUGCCCAACCCCACUAGGAGAGUUACGCCCCUGUUUUCGGGCAUCUCAUUCGAUUGAACUACACACGUAAAAACGCACAAGUUUUAACAAACCAACUUCAGGAAUUAGUAGAAUCUCACAGUACCAUGGUACUGCUGUAUAUAUGUAAUGAAUGUCAGUACUGUGUUGCACAAGAGACGUAACGCGUGCUUAUUAUUGAUUGCAAAAAAAUGUUUUCAGCUGGAUCCACGGUAUAUGUUCAUGGUAAGAACGCAAGACCUCGUGUGAUUAAUUGCUCUAUAACGGACUCUGAAAAUGUUGGCAUAUUUAUCAGUAAUAACGCACAGGUAACGUGUUCACCAUUUGUAUAAAUUACGUACUCUAUGUCCUGAAAUGAUGGAUUUAGGGGUAAAAAAUCGCUGUAUAUAGUACCAAUCGUGCUUGUCCGCUGUAUUAGAAGAGAUUCGCCAAAGAUUUUUCUUUCACAACUUGAAGACGAAAAUUGUCCCCACGCAUGACAAUUGUAGUAUUUAUUUGCAUUUUUGCAGGGUAUUUACGAAAACAACGAGAUUAGCAACAAUAAAUUAGCUGGUGUUUGGGUGAAAAAUGGUGGAAAUCCUAUCAUGAGAAAUAAUAAAGUCCAUCAUGGUCGCGAUGUUGGGUUCUUUAUCUUUGAUAAUGGACAGGUGUGGAAAAUGCUAAAAAUAUUAAUAUUCGCCCAAUUUGUGCUAGAGACGAAAGUGGCAUCUUAAAUUUAAAAAAAACUUAAACUGACGAUUAUAUGUACGUUUCCAUAUAUUUUAGGGGUAUUAUGAUGGUAACGAUGUUUUCAGCAACAGGAUAGCAGGGUUUGAAAUACGAACAGGAGGGAAUCCGACUGUAGUGCGAUGUAAAAUACAUCAUGGCCUCACUGGAGGAAUUUAUGUUCAUGAUGAGGUAAUAUUUACACUGACAGCGUGAAUUCUAAACUGUUGUUGCUGAAGCAGCAUUAGUAGGUUCCAGGCAUUCCCACGACUUUAACUUUAAAAAAAACAACAAAAUCAUACGGAGAUAAAAUGAUUAGAUUCAAAUAAGAUUCUUUUGUUUGAAUGCCCUCGAUGUGCAAUGAAUUGGGAAAAAAUGAAAGUCGUCUCAUACGAGUGAUAUACCUAAUCCUAUUGGUCUAGCGUUAAAACCUACCCAUGAAAACCUUAUUACCUGGAGAAUAUAGACCCAUUGCACAUGACGUCACAGCGCCGGUGAUGAUGCAUCUGGAAGACAAAUUAGCAAUCUAUGCAUUAUAUAACUUUUGUGAACAAAGCAAAUUUUGUAAAAGUUUAUAAUAAUUUGUAUUAAAAUGGUUAAUUUUUGCGCUGUAUGUGGUUGUUGUACCCGAACAGAUAUUGUUAGGGAGCAUCUGGAGGACACUUUAAGGAUUUGUGACGUCAGUGCAAUGGGUCUAUAGCUAGACCUGCGGUAUCUGAUAGGACCAUUGAAACACCACUCUUCUCACUUGCAAAUGAGGUGAAAUUAUAAUCAGACAACUGUAUAGUGCAAGAAUAAGCCAUGGUCUCAUAUAGUUGAAAGGCACAUGUAUUAAUCAUCUUGCAUGCUACCAACACCGCUAAAACUGUUCAUCUGUUGUUUCUCCAGGGUCGUGGACAAUUUUUAGAGAAUAAAAUUUAUGCCAACACCUUUGCUGGAGUCUGGGUAACGUCCAGAAGUAAUCCGACUAUUAGGUAUGUUUGGUGAACACACGCUUACUUACUUGUACGUGUUUAAUAUUGUUAACUUAACAGGAAGUAAAAUAUAUUAUUUAAUAAUUGUUAUAGAGAGAACGAGAUUUUCAGUGGCCAACAAGGAGGUGUGUUUAUUGGUUGAUGGUAACUUUUAGCGACAGUUGCCCUGUGUCUCCUGUGUCAAUAUUUGCAUAUCCAGCUUAUUCUGCAACCGAUGAAAAUCUAAAUGAUUUUGUUUUAAUAAUUUUCAGGGGUAUAUGUGUUUGGUGAUGGGCGAGGUGUUAUAGAAAACAACAAUAUUCAUAGUGAGUUUAAUUUGUUACUGCAGGAUAGCUAAAUUCAUUUCUGCCCAUGCAAUAUUCGAGCAUUUAGCUAACUUGGCAAGAACAAAAACGAAGCAUAAAUGCCAUCAGCUGUGGUUUAACCUCGUAUAUUUAGUCUAUCCCUCCCAAAUCUAUUUGCUUUUUUAAAUUUUUCAUCAUGCAUUCUAUCCCGAAAUGUUCCGAGAAAUAAUUUUCUGCGUCCAAGUGGUGUUGUGGUCCGAAACUCUUUCCCCCCAAUUGCUACCAAAAUCACCAGCGUAAUAUAUUCAUCGAGAAUUUAUCAUUAAUUAUAGGUAAUGCCUUGGCGGGAAUACAAAUUCGUUCUCAAAGCAAUCCUGUUGUUCGACACAACAAAAUACAUCACGGACUUCACGGUGGAAUCUAUGUGGUGGGUGUUGAUUUGUGUCGGUUUCUAACUGUAUUAUAAAGGCUGAUUUACACUGCACAACUUUUGCCAAAAACUGUUGCAUGCAACCUGUUUACAACUUGAGUUGUACUGUGUGAAUCAAGCACACAAGUCACCUACGACAUCGUCAACCUCGUACCCAGGUUUCUCUUUUUGCUGGCCGCGAGCUGAACCAGCAAAAAGAGAACCCUGCGUAUGAGGUUGCUACAACGUGUGUUUGAUUUACACAGUACAACUCAAGUUGUAAGUUGGUUGCAUUUCGUUGCAUGCGACAUUUUUAGACAAACGUUGUGUAUUGUAAAUCGGCCUUAAGCCAUUUUUAAGUCGAAAUGCCAACCCCAAUCCUGAACUAGCUGUGACGUCAUCUAUAUGAAAGGUCACUGUAUUUAUUUCAGCAUGAAGGUGGUCUUGGUUUGAUUGAAAAUAACGAGAUUUAUUCAAACACGUUGGCAGGAAUUUGGGUCACUACAGGUAAAUGUGUUACGUUAUGUAUAAUCGUAUGCGGAAAUCAGCGAUAGCCUAAUUUCCUGGAGUGUGGUUUCCGAUUCAUCAUUGUAUCUGCAUGGAAGGCGUCCAUUUGAACUGGAACGCGAAUGGGAUUAUGGGACACGCUGUUAGGCUAUUUCUGAAUCACAGAAGUGAGUUCUAAACAGUAAAGUGCAUGAACACAAAGACUCGGUAUGUUCGUUUUGGAUGACCAUAUAUGUGUAUUCUAUUUCAACAGGUAGCUCUCCAGUUAUGAGAAAUAACAGAAUUCACAGUGGUAAACAAGUAAGGACCAAACCAUUGGAUUACAUACUCCGUUUCUCCAGAUUUUAAUAGAUGUAACAAAAUUACUUAACAUUAUAUAAUACCUACCUACCUACAAGUUAAAUGAAGUUUCUAUAAACAAUUAACCCUAUACUACUGUUUUUAACACAGAAUUUUUCUUUGAACGCAUUGGUUGGUUUUCUUUCAUAAAUUUAUGGAGUAUAUACAUUAAAAAUAAUAACUGUAACAUUUAACGGCUGCUAACCAUUUAUUCUUCCAUUCAGGAAUUGUAGUUGCAGAUAGAUUGGAAACAACACUUGGCUGAAAUGGAUAAAUUCUUAUAAAUAGUCUAAACGAAGGUUUAACGAUGUAUUUAAAAUAACCAUAUGCAUAUAGUUAAAUUAGUUUUUAUGCCGAUUUUUUCUAUAUAAUUUAUAAUGUUCACCAUAGUUUAUGAGUUUUAAUUUGAAGUUGAAUUAAAUUUCUAAAUUUUUCUUUAAUUGAUUAGUUCAAACUAACUGAUUUAAUUACCAUAAAUUUAUGCUUUUAAUAAAUAUAAAUUUGGAAAAUGUAACAUUCAAUGCAAAUAAAUAAAUAAUGUACUUCUUAAAUUUAAAAGCCCUGGACAAGUACUUUCAUAUACAGCUAUUUCAAUUAAGGUUGUCCCCGAGCAAAGCGGAAAAGUCGAAUACAAGCGCGGAAGGCUGCUGGGAAUCGCUAUUAAAUUCAUUCAUUUAUUAGCGAUUCCCAGCAGCCUUUCGCGCUCGUAUUCGACUUUUCCGCUUUGCUCGGGGACAACCUUAAUUGAAAUAGCUGUAUACAAGGAAAAGUGAAAUCAAGUCAUAAGACAUAUUAACAUGUUCUUAAAUAUGAUUGAACCUACAAUUUAAUAUUUUAAAAUAUAAACAAUUAAGUAGUGUGCAAUCAUAUUAUACCUUGCUAGUAUAGCUGUAUAUAAAUCAGAUUCGUAAUUGGUAUUAAUACAAAUAUUUUGUGUUUUAAAAGGUUGGGGUGUAUUUUUACGAUAACGGUGCUGGGGUACUGGAAGACAACGAAAUAUUCAAUCACAAAUACUCAGGAAUACAGAUAAGGUGAAAUUGACUGUCAGAAUAAUUUAUCAAAAGAAAGUCUAUUUUUUCGAUGUUUCAAUCUUUAUAUUCAACUGAACUGUACAUAAUAAAAUUGUGUUUUUUGUUCAACUAGGACCUCAAGCAAUCCUGUGGUAAGGCGGAAUAAGAUAUGGGGAGGUCAGAAUGGUGGUGUUUUAGUCUAUAACCAAGGUAGAGACAUUAUAUGUUUUUUGUUGAAUCAUUGACUUUCGUUGGUUAACAGUAAGCAUAUAUGUACUACAAAAUGGAAAGAUAACUAAGCAUGCAACAGCUAUCUGGUCUACGGUCCGAUGAUUACAUCUCACGUGUGAAUCGUUUUCCUAGGGCGUGGUUUACUAGAGGAAAACGAAAUAUUCGACAACGCCAUGGCUGGUGUGUGGAUCAAGACAGAGAGCGAUCCGAUAUUGAGAAGAAAUAAGAUUCAUGAUGGUCAAGAGGGUGGGAUUUGUAUAUUUAACGGAGGGAAAGGUGAGAUAGAUUGACUGGUUUGUUUGUUUAUCGUUAAAUAAUUGAUUAAUUUGUUUAUUUAUUAGAUUAUUGGUUGUCUUAUUAAUUGAUCCGUUGAUUGAUUGAUUGAUUGAUUGCUUUGCUUCUGAUUGAUUGGUUAAUUUCUCAUUGUUUAAUUUAUCGAUCGUAACUGUCGUAUACCUGUGUUUGCAGGUUUCCUGGAAAAUAACGACAUUUUCAGAAAUGCGUUAACAGGUAUAGUAAAGCUAUAUAAUUCUUUUAGAUGCGCGACCAAUAAGUUUUGAAAGAUUUGUAAGAAAUGCUUGAGAGAACUGAUUCAGGGAUAAAUCCUUCAAAACUUUUGCAAAACCGUUGCAAAAUUCCUACUGUGAUUACACAAAGUUUUAUAGUGUAAGCCAGCCUUUACUGUGAUCUUUAUCCUCUGUUGGUUCUGAGACCAAAGAUCCUGGGUUCGAUUCCCAUCACUAUCAAGCAAUUUUUGAGCUUGCCCAUUGUGAAAUUUACCUCCUGAAUUCAAACAUCUUCAUUAGAUUUAAAAUAUAAAGUAAUUAUUUUUGGAAUGUAUAUAUUUAGGCGUUCUAAUUAGUUCAUCGAGUUUUCCUGUGCUUCGUGGUAAUCGAAUUUUUGAAGGUGGCACCACUGGAAUUGAAAUUACAAACGGCGCAGGUAUGUUCUCGGCAUAAAUUCUUCUUCUUCCAAUAAAAGAGACUUCAGUUGCGUAUUGAAUUCGCUGAAUAUAGAACAUUAUUUUCUGUUUAACUUUUUGCUCUUAGGUGGAGUUCUAGAGUCCAAUGAAAUUUUCAACAACAAAUUUAGUGGAAUUUGUUUGGCUACUGGUGUGAAACCACAACUUUCAAGUAAGUUUGGUUAACAAAGUCAUUAAUAAUUACAACAUUAACUCACACCCAUAAUCUGUGGUAUUGUAUGCAACUUAUGGGCAAGCCUUAAAAGCAUUUUAAUUAAAUACCGCACAAAAAGAAAGUUUCCCCCUAAAUAUAUCAUCAUAAGUUCUAAAAAAAUUAUUACCUGAUAAUCAAACCUAGCACUAUUAAAGAAUGACUUCUCCAUUGAAUACAAAAAAAUACCCAAUUUCAAAGUUAACAAGAAUAACAUGCAUGUUUAGGAUGUUUACUGUAUUCUGUGACUAUGUCUGUGCUGCACAAUGUUGACUCAUCUAUAUGUAUAAAUUUUUUUUCUAACUUGAUCAUUUUCCAAACCAUAUUAACUUUGGAAAGUGUAAAGAUGGGUUGGAACGCAUUGAUCGUGUGUUGUAAUUUUGUAUUGUAGCUUUGUUAAAGUUGUAACCUGUCUCUAUUGUUUUACAAUGUCAGUGUAAUGUGUAGGUAGGACUUGAUUUGGGACUCCUCAGUCCUGUUGUCUGUACCUUCAAUCGUUUUGUUGAUUGUAAAGUUUAUAAAUAAAUAAAUAAAAAAUGACAGAGCAAGAAUGACUUUAUUUAAAUUUCACAAUUUCACAACAACAGUAAUGUUUCAUCAAUGAUUUAAUGUGUGAACCAUUACGCUUUUCGAUAUAUUAAUUCAGCACCGUCUUCUCAGAAAGAGAAUGGUGUGUGGUGUUUAGUUUGAACAACAACAAUUUUAAAUGAGCCAAAUCUUAAAUCUGUCCAGGUGAUCUCGUGUUCGUAUUUUAGCCAAUCAGCGCUCAGAAAGGGUUGUCCGAAUAGAAAUCCAUUUUGAUGUAUUCAGUCAAUUAUAUCUUUCGUUGUUCUUUAUGAAACUAGUUGAAAUUUUGUAAUUAUGUUUGGUUAUGAGAACUAUAGCUCUGACAAAAAUAUGGAAUCGAAAUAAAGUAUAUUACAGGAGAUAUUCAGUUGUUUUAAUCAUAAAAUGGAUUUCUAUUUGACAACUAGUGCCAGUAUUUUUCCGCGUAUCAAGAUCAUCUGGGUACGAAGGCACGUUUACCGACUUGCAAUUUUUGCUGCGAUUUUAGGUGCGAUUUUCUUCUUCUGAAGGAUGUGAACGAGUGGAUGAGUCAUGAAUGUUCAGAUGAGGGCAAGGGUGGGUUGACUACAAAAUUUUUGUAGUUCGCUAUAACUACAGCUACUUCAAAAAUAUGUAGUCAGCUACAACUACUGCUACUUUUGAACAAAGCUAGUUCGCUACUGACUACAGCUAUACUGCUUAAAAAAUGUAGCGAACUAUUUCGCUAUUUUGCUACUCUAUAUUUUUUAGUUUUACGGUAUUUGGAGCAUCCACUAGCUCAAGCUGUAAAUCCUGUAUUAUAGCCUAUAACAAAUCGACUUACGAGUAGCAACAGUAAACAAAAAGGGUGAAAGCAACAUUUUUGUAAGCACUACAGUGUUCAGGAGUGCUACUUUUCAUUGCGCUAAAAUAAUCUUUACUGUAUAAAAUAAUCUUUUAAGCAAACCGUGUCUUAAUAUCAUUCUAUUCUAUGAACGGUUGCUAACAAUUUUAAAAAGUAGCGAAUAGCGAUUCGCUGUUUGAAAAGUAGUCAACUAUUUGACUACUUUUAGGCAAGUGUAGUUUGCUAUAACUACAACUACUGUUUAAAAAAAGCAGUCAAAAACUACUGGCUACUUGAAAAUUGUAGAAAAAUUGUGGAAAAUUGUACAACUACUUCGCUACUACCCACCCUUGGAUGAGGGUACAUACAUUCGUUCACAUGCAUUAGACGAAGAAAUCGCAGUAAAAAAGUGUAAAAGGACCUUAAAAUCAAUCUUAAUUUUGCCAUUUUGUCUUUCCAGAUAAUAUCACUUAUGACAAUAAAGAAGUGAUAAAAUCCACUAUAGAAUCUGGAUGCUGUUUGUAUACAGUGUCUGGUAACACGUGCUAUCCCAUGCACGAUUUUUACAGGUAUAAGUCCGCUGCAUGCUUUCAAGGAAAUCUUGCUCGGAUGUAAAGGGUUUAAUCACGAGGACUUAACCGCAUUAAUUUGUAUAUUCUAGGUGUAAUACCUGUGGUAGAUUAGAGAAUUUUGCAAUUUGUGUCAAUUGCGUUAAGCAGUGUCACCAGGGACAUAAUGUGGAGUUUGUUCGACGAGAUAGGUAAAUAUUUUGUACGUUUCAAAUAACACCCAAGGACAAAUUCUGGUUCAUCUGAUAGAGGUUUUGCAAUGCCUGCCCAUUUAAUUUAUUUAUACUGGAUAACUGUACCAGUUAUCUUCAAACUGUUCUACCUAGAGGAUUUAUUUAUUUAUUGAUUUAUUUAUUUAUUGUGCUUCGCUUCCAAACAUUAUACAAUGAAUGCAUUAAAGAAGCUGGGACACCACAACAGCUUAACACCAAUUACAGUGGGCCCUUUACAAAAUAUCAAUAUAAAUAUAGAAAACAGAAAUAAUUAACAAUUUAUUGCCGAAGGCUAGGUGAUUAUCGGUAAGUAGGGACAGAGACAAAGUCGAAGUUUUCAUUUAACAAUAACCACUAAGCCUAAGGCGAAUAAUUGUUUUAGUAUAAUUUCAUAGGUGAUUAUUUGGGAAAAAAAUAAAAAUACACAUUUCUUCGUCAUUUAAUAGUCAAAACUUAGGUGAUUAUCACGUUAUAAUCACCUCAACGGCAACGAAUCAGCUUGGAAAAUUUUCAAUAAUCACCUAAGUAAUUAUACUUACUUUACUUAAGGUACGUUUACACACCGCGAUCCGCCGUGUACGACUCGUAUUUUGGCGAAUCCAAUCUAGUAGGCACGCGUCAAUUGUGCAAUUAAAGUUUCGCUUCAAUUCAGAUUUUUGGAAUUGAGGCAUCAAAUGAAUUAUACACCAAAAUCCGAAUCGCACAGGACAAAUCGCAAUGUGCAAACGCCCCUCUAGUAACAGCAAGUUAAUGGUCGGAUGAGACUUCUGCUUUGUUUACAUUUGACACAGACAGUCUUCCAAGUUCGUGGAUCGUCAACGUUGUAGCAGGAUCGUAAUGCAGUGUAGUAUAGCAUUCGUUAUUGACCCAGUGUUACUACAGAAGGAAACUGGAGUACUUGGGGAAAAACUGUGGUGUUUGGUAGACUAGAGGCAAAGCAAAAGCAAUCUUUACAGAAUCAUCCUCAGAGAUCAUGAAAGAUAUUUAGGCCCCAGUUACACGAUACCGGAUUCGCAUCGGAGCGACAUCAAAUUUUACUGCUUCGAGGUGAAUGUGGCACUUAAAAUUAUGAUAAUAUAACGUAAUUAAAAAGUUCAUAUAUGAAAAGUUUUAAUAGCAGACAAGACUGGAAAACACAUUAAAUUGAUGUUGCUCCGAUACGAAUCCGGUUUGGGUACAACCUCGUUCCCAGGCUCUCUGCUCUUGUGAAGCAAAGACCCUGGUCGGGGCUGGUCACGUGACCCAUAGAAAAUUGAUAACCUAAGAGGGGGAUGGAGAAGUAUCAAAUUACAUGUUUCCACUUCCGCACCUCACACUUCGAUUGCAAGGAGUGACCGUUCUAUACAAUCAUCUUUGAGAAUCAUAUAUACUUCAAAAUACUUGCUAAAUUGGUUUCUGUUCGCUUUUACAUUAUACAAACAUGCUAAACUGUAGAUUCUUAUAGCAACAAACAAGUCAGAAAAUCAAGCAACGAAAACGUAUGAUCGUAUAUGCUAGGAAAUAUUUGCCCUUUUAUUGUCUCGGGGUUAGGGCGCAGUUUCAUUUCACGCGUACGUUUCUGUAUCUGGCUCUGAUACGUAUAAUAUUCUUAUAAUGUGCCAUUGAAUUGUUGUGAUAUGGAAACGGUAUAAAUUUUGUUAAAUAGAGGAUUAGAGGUCUCAAAAGCGACUGUGUAGGUCGUAGGCGCUACGCCUUGCUGGUCUUUUACAGCAAACGUUACACAUUUGGACACUAGCCAAAUAGACAUUGAAUGUCCAUUCUAUUGAUUCUAAAACGGUUUAUAGACAUAGUGCUCUAGAUUUUUUUAAAAAGGUUAUCAUCAUUUAUAUUCAACACCAGGUAGGAAGGAAUGUUAGCGUACAAAAUUGUUUGGGAUCGACAGUAAAGAAUUAUACGACAAUUGACAAUUGUAUGCAUUUCCUUUUUUGUCUGCACGAGUACCUGUUUGUUGACUCCAAAAUCAGAUUGCACAGAAUCUCCGAUAUGAAUUAUAUAGCCAUUCACCCUCGCCCCUUGAGUGCAAAGGAAUGAUAUCCGAAAAGGUUUAGCAAAGUAUUUUUUAUUAUAUCUGGUAUAAAGUGUCCCUACGUUUUAUCAGGGUAUAUAUAUAUACAUAAUUCAUAAACUGUAUAUAUGCGCACGAAGUCCAGCUCUUAGAAUUACUUGAGUUUUAAUAAGCCUUUUAAAGUUUCCAUUGCCUCUAGUAUGGUUUGGUGAAACUGCUAAAAUGUCAUUUAUACAGUAUAGUAUACGAUAAAGAUUAUUUAAAGUUGAUUUAAAUAUUGAUGACCCACAGCAGCAUUAUACAAGUCCAAACAAAGAAGCUGUCGGGUUAUUCUUCAAAUAUAAAGCACUGAAUGGGCAAUGGGAAUGAAAGGUCUUUAUAAGGUUUAUAAUGUACCUGCUGUAAAUUACUGUAAUACACAAAAUAUGAAAUAAUUACUAUGAAGUACAAUACCAGUGUCUGGUGCAUGUAUCGUCCUAAAUAUUCAAGUUAUAUGUACCGCACGCACGGAAACGCACAGUGGAGUCUUGGUGUUCGUCUGAUGACAGAUAGCUAUACUUCGAGUCUUCGACAUAAUCAUUCUUGAUCGUUGAGUUUCAGCAAUGUAAAUGAAAGGAAUUUUACCGGUCCCAUAACGGGUUUUAAUUAAUCCUGUGCUUUCACAGUCAAGAUAGCACUAUUGUUUUGACACAGUUAGCGAUGUUUGGGAAAUCUUCCAUUAUAAAAUAAAUCCUUUGGCUUUGUUGAAUAUCGGACAGGAUACACUUCAACCAUAAACAACCAUAUCGUUCAUUUAGUAUCGUUUGAUCGAUCAGUCGGUAUAGAAUUGGGAAGACAUAUAUGUUUCUACGGCGAUGCGUGCUCAACGUCGCAAGCCAGGCGCGUGUGGAGUCCUUACUCAGUCCUUGGAAGUGAAAUAUGAUCCAGCUUCUUGCUUGAAAUGUACCGCAACACUUAUAAUUGAUGACAUUCAGUAUAGCAGGAAGUUGUGUCAUGAUGAAUACGAAUUUAAAACUGUUCCUUUCACGAUUCCUUGUUGCAAAUUACAUUUUUAUCACCCGAAACUAUAACACAUAAAAUUGCAAUUUUCCAAACGCAACAAACAGACUCCUCGACUACCACCCCUCCCUGAGAUCAAUUCAAUUUACCACGCAGAAUCUGCGGGGUCACGUGACCAGCCCCGACCAGGGUCUUUGCUUCACAAGAGCAAACGAGGUUGGUUUGGGUAUCGUGUAACUGGGGCCUUAAUUAAAUGACAUAUCUGUCAUUACUCAUUCUGUUUAGGUUUUUCUGUGACUGUGGUGCGGGAAGUACUGGAACACCGUGUCAACUGCUCAACAAAGAUUCAAGCCUCGCUCAGAAGUCUUCAACUGAGCAUCAGAGCAUGCGCACUAUGAUAACACGUAGUAAGUCACGUGUCAAUUCACGCUGUGGUUGCGAUGUCACCAGUGGUGUAUGGCACAAUUUUGAGAACACGCAGAAAGUAAACACGGCCACGGAAAGUUCGUGAGAGAUGAAUGACCACACAGUUGUUGCAAUGUUUAGUCCAAUCGCAAAGUGCGCAAAUGUACAGUACACAAGAAUAAGCAUAUAAAAAUGUAUCAUACUAUAAAUGCAUAGAUAACACUAUUACAUCUACUUAUGACUAAUAUAACACAUUGAACUAAAAUAGUAACAGUAUUUAUUCGGAGCUAGCUAUAUUGAGAACAUUAUAUGUACAGAAAAUGAAAUUAAUAUAUGUAGGGUAAAUAGAUAAUUUUUUCUUUGAUUUUUGUGUGUUUGAAGUCCUGGUGGAUCGAAUUGCGUCGUAAGUAACGACGCCCUUUUUUCUCCC